AUGACGCACUUUAUAAAGCCCGUAUUUGGCGCUCCCUCGGUAUUCCAGAGAAUUGUCGCGCAUACCCCCUUCCGCUGCAUGACGACGCUGACCAGGCAGCGCAUCAAAUGGACAAAGGAGAUGGAUGAAACACUGCAACAACUAGUCGCCGAGCACGGCCACGCGUGGACCAGGAUCGCCACCGCUCUCAGCCUCAAAGGCAAAGCCAUGCACGUCCGAAGACGCUGGGAAAGCCUGCAGCCCAUGACGCGCAGCAUGUGGACUAAGGCCGAGGACGCAAAGCUUGCCAGGGCCAUUACAAGUUUGAUGGCCCGAGACAUCAGCCCCCAGGAGUAUGGGUGGUGGGUCAUGGUGGCAGAGGAGGUAGGGACGGGACGGACACCGCGCCAAUGCCAGGCGAGGUGGACAAAGACGCUGAUACCGAGGCAGGGCAGGGUCCCGAGUGCUGUAAGAUUUGACGGUAUUGCUCUCUGGCACUGGACGCCAGACGAGGAGCAGCGGCUGCGGCAGACGAUAAAAUGCAUAGAGACCGUAGCUGACCAGCCAGACGUAGUUGAGCAGUGCGAAAAGGACGAGCCUUGGCUACUGUUCUCGAAGAACACACCGCCACGCUACUUUUGGAACUUUGUUUCCAGCCAAGUCGGCCCCCGGACACCGGCCCAGUGCGUAUCGAAGUGGUUCGCGCUGAACAGGUCAGCAAAAUCGCAGGUGGCUUCAGAGAUGACACGCGAGGACAUUGUCCGGCUCGUCAAGUUCGUGCGCACACAGGACACCAAACGCUGGAUCGAGUGGACGAAGAAGUUUCCUGGCUAUACCUGGAAGCAGCUGUACAACGCCUAUCGGAACUGGUGCACUCUCGAGCAAAGGUACAAAACAGACAUGCUUUCAAUCGAUCCGCUAAGCAUGAUCCAAGAUUUUGACGGCCGCUCUGCAAUGCGGCCCACAGACAGCAACGGGUACUACGACAAGGACGGAGAGCUGGUGAAGGUUACGUUUCCUGGGAAAGCCGGUCCUCUGGGGCCGUAUAUCCUGGCUCUAAUGAAGUACUACCCGCCAGGGUCCCGCAGGGCUGGUUAUGUUCAAUCGUUUGCACGGCUCGGCAAUGCUUCUGGCCUAGGCGCAGGCGGCCGAAUGUCAUCAGAGACCAUGGAUAAGCUGGUAUCGGCCAUCACCCGGUACCGCAAUGACUGGGUGGGCAUUUCGCGCGAAAUGGGUCUACCGAUCAGACAGUGCAGACGCCACGCCGACGCGCUGGCAAAGAGACUUGGCAGCGUGCAGCGUCUCAUUACAGACCCUGAGCUGGAGGAGCUGGAGAAGCACACAAAGAAGCCUGAUGGAGGCAUAGAGCCGUGA